CGACGCGAAUAAUUGUAGUGCUCGUACUGGGCUGGAGUUUGCACAAGCAGUUUGCCGACAGCUGCAAUGGCCGUAUUCUCUGGCAACAACCCUAGGCCAGCCUCGGCCGCCGAGUACCAGCGGCUCGGCGAUGCUGGCGAAGCCGAGGACGAUUAUGAUGGCCCACCCGGCCCAAAGAUGCUCCCCGUGGGCCCCGCUCCGCCCCGGACAUCAAAGAAAUCCAUUACGGCCGCGAUUGUUGCAUUCAUGGCAGUAUGCCUCGUCGCUUGGUUUGCCACCAGCAAACCAAUUUUUUUUGCAACAACCACCACGGGCUCUAGUUGCCCCUGCGAACCUGAUCCCGAUGUGCCUCAGUACUUCCGUACAUCGCCGGAGCUGUGGGCUGGUCCGACAGCUACUGGCAAAGCGCCUUUUCUGCAGCAGACAGUCACGUUUGACCCUACUGCUACCUAUGUUCCCAAUGCUCCUCUGCAAACUGCCAUACCAAUCCAGGGCAUGGGGUCUGAAAACAAGAGCAUAUUUCAGAUGAUGGGCCACUUGUCUCCAUACUCUCCUUCUCCAGGGUUUGGAGUUCGAGAGUAUCCCCUUCCUGCGGGUGCAGAGAUUAUCCAGGUGCAGAUGCUCUCUCGACAUGGUUCCCGCUACCCUACUUCAAACUCAGACGUAGCUGCACUGGGCAAACAUAUCAGCGAUGCCAAGAAGAACAAGUCCUUCAAGGCUUCCGGGGCAUUGUCUUUUUUGAACGACUGGGAAUAUCAGUUGGGCCAUGAGAUUCUCGUUCCAAGGGGCCGACAGGAACUUUUUGAUUCUGGAAUUCUGCAUGCGUACAACUAUGGCCGGCUCUACAAUCCGAAUAGCAAGAUCAUAGUGCGCACAACAACCCAGGACCGAAUGCUCAAGUCUGCCGAGUAUUUCAUGGCAGGCUUCUUUGGACUAGAAUGGCCUCGGAACGCCACAAUAGAGGUUAUUAUCGAGGAAUCAGGCUUUAACAAUUCUCUGGCCGGGUACCUCAACUGCCCCUCCGGUUCAGGUCAGCACGUCGGAGAUGAUGCACGUAAGAUUUGGGUCGGCAACUAUCUGCAGAAUGCUACCGCGCGGAUCCAAGCCAUGAUCGAGGGUUAUCAUUGGACCAUUGAAGACACCUACGCCGCCCAGAAUUUGUGUCCAUAUGAGACGGUGGCAUAUGGAUUCAGUCGCUUCUGUGAACUCUUCAACUACGAAGAAUGGAUUGGUUUUGGUUACUCGAUCGAUCUGUGGUUCGCUGGCAUCAGUGGCUUCCAGUCACCGAUAGGAAGAGCCCUGGGCAUUGGCUACCAGCAGGAGGUAGUCGCUCGUCUGAAGAACCACACCUUGGGAUAUUCAGGUUCCCAGAUCAACAUUACACUGGACAAUAACACCGAGACUUUUCCCCUCAACCAGACUCUGUACUUCGACUUCUCCCACGACACAAAUAUCAUGGCAAUCCUAACUGCCUUUGGCUUGAGGCAAUUUGCUCACCUUAUGCAGCCAACAACGUACCCUGGCGAACACAACCUUACGGUGGCCAACCUCACCCCCUUCGGUGCAAGACUCGAUAUUGAGAUCAUCAAAACACCCAAACCAGUGAAGCCGGACCGUUCGGGCUAUAUGGUCAACGGCGGCGAGACCAAAUAUGUGCACUUUGUGCUCAACCAGCGCACCCUACCGUUGGGCUGGAGCCUUCCGGAGUGCGACGUAUCACGAGUAGAUGGUUGGUGCGAAUUUGAUGCCUUUCUGUCUGCACAGGACAAAAUGCCUGCUCUUGCUAGGUUUGAUUACGCAUGCUUUGGCUCGUAUGACCCUGGCCCUUACGGGUCGGUAAUGGAUGGAGCUCCGCCUUAGGCAGGUUUUGGCUUUUGCUGGCUUUUCUUGGUUUAUUGUAUACAUAUGCAUCGGUCACAACAUCGGUCGUCUUGGAAUGGUGGCGCCUUGGCAGUAAGAAUCACAGCCCAGUCCAGGCCUCGAGGAGUGAUUCUUGUAAGACUUUGUUCGGAUAAAAAAAAAACGUGUGACA